GCCGAGUGAUCCAGCCCUAGAAAGGCGGUGGUGGUGGUAGAGGGGGCAUGGUGUCCAGGCGUGCCCAGCACUGGGGCCUGGGGCUGGGGCUGGGGUUUCCCCUCCCCAGCCUCCUCCUGCUCCUCCUGGCUUUGAACCCCACCCAGGGCCAGGGAGGCCAGGGCUGUCCCCAGAGGUGCGAGUGCCUGGCCCGCAUCCGCUCCGUGUCCUGCCAGGGGAAGCGCUUCUCCACCCUGCCCGAAGGCAUCCCGUCCGACACGCGUCUCCUGGACCUGAGUGGGAACAGGCUGCGCUGGGUGGAGCACGGGGACCUCCUCCCCUACUCCCGCCUGGAGGAACUGGACCUGAGCAACAACAGCAUCAGCGUGCUGGAGCCCAACGCCUUCGCCAGCCUCACGCAGCUCCGCGUGCUCUCUCUCAGGGCCAACCAGCUCAAGCUGGUGCCCAUGGGCGUCUUCUCACGCCUGGGGAACCUCACGAACCUCGACCUCAGCGGAAAUAACAUGGUGGUGCUUCUGGACUACACCUUCCAGGACCUGCGCAGUCUGAAGCAGCUGGAGGUCGGAGAUAAUGACCUGGUCUACAUCUCCAACAAGGCCUUCCUGGGGCUGGUGGGCCUGAAUGAGUUGACCAUCGAGAGGUGCAACCUGACCUCCAUCUCGUCCCAGUCCUUGUCCUACCUCCGUGGCUUGGUGACUUUGCGCUUGCGGCACCUCAGCAUCUCUGGCCUGGAGGAGCAAAACUUCCGGAAGCUGGGCGCCCUGAAGGGUCUGGAGAUCUCCCACUGGCCCCUCUUGGAGCACAUCUCCCCCCACAGCCUCCAAGGGCUCAACCUGUCCUGGCUCUCCAUCACCCACACCAACAUCACCAGCGUGCCCAGCAGCGCCCUCCGCAGCCUGGCCCACCUCACCAGCCUCGACCUCUCCCACAACCCCAUCACGGUCCUCGAAUCCUGGGCGCUGCGCGACCUGGUCCGCCUGAAGGAGCUCCACCUGGUGGGCACCAGCCUGGCGACAGUGCAGGCCUUCGCCAUGGGGGGCCUGAGGCAGAUCCGGCUGCUCAACGUGUCGGGGAACGUCCUGGUGACUCUGGAGGAGGGUGCCUUCCACUCGGUCAACACCCUGGAAACGCUGCGCGUGGACGGGAACCCGCUGGCCUGCGACUGCCGCCUGCUGUGGAUCCUCCAGCGCAGGAAGACGCUGAACUUCGACGGGCGCUCGCCCGUCUGCGCCGGCCCCGUCGAGGUGCAGGGACACGCCCUCACCUCCUUCUCCGACUCCGCCCUCUUCGACCACUUCACCUGCCAGAAGCCCAGGAUCAGGAACAGGAAGCUGCAACAGGUGUCGGCGCGGGAGGGUCAGGUGGUCUCCUUCUCGUGCCACGCCGAGGGAGAGCCCGCCCCCGUCAUCUUCUGGAUCUCUCCGCAGCGGCGCCGCAUCACGACCCGCAGCGGUGGGCGCGUCACCGUGCUCGCCGAGGGCACGCUGGAGAUCCGCUACGCCCAGGUGACGGACACCGGCACGUACAUCUGCAUCGCCAGCAAUGCCGGCGGCAACGACACCUACUUCGCCACGCUGACGGUGAGCGGGCUCCCGCCGGACGCCGCCAUGCUGGCCAACCGCACGUUCUACACAGGCGACCUCAACGAGACCAACCUCAACGACACGCGGGUCUUCCUCAAGUUCACCCUCGACCUCAAGACCAUCCUGAUCUCCACGGCGAUGGGAUGCAUCAUGUUCCUGGGCGUGGUCCUCUUCUGCUUCCUGUUGUUGUUUGUGUGGAGCAGGGGGCGGGGCCAGCACAAAAACAACUUCUCGGUGGAGUAUUCCUUCCGGAAGGUGGACGGGCCGUCGGCGGGAGGAGGGCAGGGGGGGGCACGCAAGUUCAACAUGAAGAUGAUCUAGAACAGGACCAGGACCAGGACUGGGCCUCUUGUUGUCAUUUUCCUGCUUUGAUUUGUUUAUUUAGAUAAAAAACUAGAUUCUCUGUUUACAAGGAAAGUCGAGGAGGAGAGGCGAGGUGGAGAGGUGGAGAGAAGGAAUAUUUCAGUGAUCCUCAUUAAGUCCGGAAUAAAAAAAUCCCAUUGAUAUUUUGCACAGUCCGUUUUAUAUCCUGGACAGGAGUAGAAGAGUCACUGUAAGAUACCACAAGUAACGGCAUUGGUUUCUACGUUCAGCAUUCCUUCUUCCUAUUUGUUGUUACUGCAUUACUGUUAUCUAGAACAACAGAGGAAAGUCAUAGCUGUCUGCCCCUCCUGCCCAGCCCCUC